CAGGGCCGGGCGUGCAUGGAGCCGUGCCGCAGCCCCGACACCGCCUGAGGCAGAGCCCACUCCCCGCACGGACCCCGCGAGCUGAAGCACACUGCGUCCCGCUGCACGGACGCCUGGGUCGCACCGCGCCGAGACCCCUUGUUCGGUGCCCCGCUCUUGGAUCCCACCGCACCGAGAUCCACCGCACGGUGUCCGGCUCCCGUUGCGCUGACUCCCGGACGCCACCGCACCGUCCUCUAUUGUCAGCCGCCUCCGGACCUCAUCACAGGGACUCCCGUUAACACGGCGUCCGGAUCCCCGUGGCGCGGAGCCCCGGGCUCCAUCGCGCUGCCCGCCGGUGCGGCGGGAAUGGCAUCGGUGAGCCGGCCCUGGGGGGCCCCGCUGCUGCUGCCGCUGCUGCUGCCGCUGCUGCUGCCGGCGGCGUGCCGGGCGGGCGGCGUGUGCGGGGGGGAAGGCGGCCCGCUGGAGCCCUUCGACGUGCUGUACGCCGACGGCGUGGAGGCUUACUACGGCGGGGACUUCGCGGGUGCGGCGCGGUGCCUGGAGCGGGCGCUGCGCAGCCGGCGGGAGCUGCGGGCCGCGCGCUUGCGGUGCCGGCGGCGUUGCCGCGGGCAGGUGCGGUUGGCGGCUCCGGGGCCGGGGCCCGGCGGAGAUCUGCCCUUCUUCGGGUCGGUGCUGCGGCGUGCCGGCUGCUUGCGGCGCUGCGAGGAGCCGCGUCUGGGAGCCGCCUCCCGGCACCGCGCCGCCGAGGAGGUACGCGCAGACUUCCAGCGCAGGAUCCCCUACAGCUACCUCCAGCGCGCGUACAUCCAGCUGAACAAGCUGGACGAGGCAGCAAAUGCAGCUCACACCUUCUUCAUGGCAAACCCUGAGCACAUGGAGAUACAGCAGGACAUUGAGAACUACAAGACCACGGCAGGGAAGGUCAGCUUGAUUGACAGGGAGGCCAAGCAGCACAUGGAGGACUACAGUGCUGGGGUAAGGCACUAUGAUAAGGAGGAGUAUGAGCUGGCCAUUGCCUUCUUGGAGCGUGCAUUGAAGGGGUACUACUCUGAGGAUGAAGAUUGCCAGAUCAUGUGCGAGGGACCACAGAGAUUUGAGGAGCAUGAGUACCUGGAAUAUAAGGCUGGCCUCUAUGAAGCUAUUGCAGAUCACUACAUGCAGGUCCUGGCCUGCAAACACGACUGUGUUCGAGAACUCGCCACGCGCUCGGGCCGUAUCUCACCCAUCGACAAUUUCCUUCCCCUCCAUUACGACUACUUGCAGUUUGCUUAUUACAGAGUUGGUGACUACGUAAAAGCCCUGGAAUGUGCCAAGUCCUACCUCCUCUUCCACCCAGAUGAUGAAGAUGUCUUGGAGAAUGCAGAUUAUUACAAGGGUCUCUUAGAAGGUACAAUGGAUCCAGACACCAUCAAACCCAGAAAGGAAGCCAAGAUGCUGCUGCGACGCCAUAAGCUGGAGUCUCACCUCUUGCAGGUGGCUGCAGCUGGCCUGGGAUACACCUACACCGAGCCGAACUACUGGAACAGGUAUGGUGCCCGGCAGGAUGAGCACAGUGUCCCAUCAAGUAUUAGCAGUGAACCAGAGGAUGGGCCCCGGCUGUCCCUGACAAAGAAACCCAUGCCAAAACCAGAUCGAGAGUUGAAGGAAGGAGGUCCACUUCUCUACAGUGAUGUGAAGUUUGUCUACAACUCACAGCAGCUGAAUGGGACCCAGCGAGUACUACUGGAUAACGUCAUCUCGGAGGAGCAGUGCCGAGAGCUUCACAGGGUGGCCAGUGGGAUCAUGUUGGCUGGAGAUGGUUACAGAGGCAAAACCUCCCCCCACACCCCAAAUGAGAGAUUUGAAGGAGCCACUGUCCUCAAAGCCCUCAAGUAUGGCUACGAGGGCCGCGUCCCACUGCGCAGCGCACGGCUCUUCUACGACAUCAGCGAGAAGGCUCGCAGGAUCGUUGAGUCCUACUUCAUGCUGAACUCCACGCUCUACUUCUCCUACACACACCUGGUGUGCCGCACUGCCCUGUCUGGCCAGCAGGAGAGGAGGAACGACCUGAGCCACCCCAUCCACGCUGACAACUGCCUCUUGGACCCUGAGGCCAAUGAGUGCUGGAAGGAGCCUCCUGCCUAUACUUUUCGGGAUUACAGCGCUCUCCUGUACAUGAACGCAGAUUUCGAAGGAGGAGAGUUCAUUUUCACCGAGAUGGAUGCCAAGACUGUGACGGCUUCCAUCAAGCCCAAGUGCGGGCGAAUGAUCAGCUUCUCGUCGGGCGGCGAGAACCCGCACGGGGUGAAGGCGGUUACCAAAGGCCAGCGCUGUGCCGUGGCGCUCUGGUUCACCCUGGACCCGCUUUACAGAGAGCUGGAGCGAAUCCAGGCCGAUGAAGUGAUUGCCAUGUUGGACCAGGAGCAUCUAGGACCCAGUGAAAUGAACAUCAACCCAAAGGAUGAGCUAUGAACUAAGCCAAAGACUUUUUCUAUUACAUAUUUAUUUAAUAUUGUUAAUCUUAUUAGAACCUUUCUAUUUUUGUACAGAGCCACUGUAUAAAUUAACAGGUUAAUGUGAUGGUGAUGUUUUGGGAGUGCCUCUCUGUGUUUAGCACAGCUCUUGCUGGGACCUCUCAUCUCUGUGCCUCUGGGAUUCUCUGUCCUUCCCUAGAACUUCUCAGGACUCAUUCAGGCUUGCUGUACCUCCCUUUUUUUUCCUCCUCAGCCAGGAAUAGCUGCUUCUCUUUAGCCUCUGCUAGAGAAAUGUCUCAGGUGUGAUAACAGUCUUCCUGCCCCUGCUAAGUGCUGGCUGAAGACCCUGGCAGUGCUACCCUGGAGGAAGCUGGUGCACAAGUUGUUUACUUCCACCUCAGAGCCUUUCACCAUGUGAAUUAUGCUUUUUAGAGAAAACCCAAAUCAAAUCUCAGGUCCUAGCAAAAAGUGUAUCUCUCCAUAGCCAUGCAAAGCUGGCAUUUAGGUAUGAAUUCUGAGCAAAGCUACCAGAAAUCACCUUUUGGGCUGAUUUCAUGAGCUGUGCACAGGUGAGACAGGGUUUAAUUUGCAGCUGACUUUGGUGAAAUAGGGUCUGUCACUUGUGUUUGGUCCUUGCUUGUGCUAAUGGCCUGAGAUGCAUGAAAGAAUGCUUUAUAUUGCAUCCUUUGAGCUUCCAGCCUGGUGCUGCUGCUGGUAAACCCCAAAGUUAGAAGCCAUGAUUUCCAGGUCCAUGUUGGAAAGCAGCUGAAAGGCUCAAGGAUGUUACAGUGCCAUGGUGAUGGGUGAUCAGGCUGCAUCUUUCUGCUCUGAAUGUCCAGGCUGCAUCCUCCCACCCUGACGGUGCAGGAGCAGCAGAUGUUCAUAGUGUGGUAGCAUCUCUUUCCUCAGAGUAUUUCUGACCCAGUCUGAGGGUGUUGCAGUGAAAGCACAUGCUGCUUAUCACACGAAAUUUGCUAUGUUAGUAGCUGCUGCUAAGCUAGUAAAUAAAUCCUGUGUGUGGGAUUAGAAAUGCUCCUACCUCAGUCAGAAUGAAUGCUCAAGUCACAGAACUGUCCCCAUCCCAGGCAUAGGUACAGCUUUUAUUUUGACCCAACAGCUAUUUCUGCUGCUAUCAGGCACUUCCUAAAAGGCAAGUUGCAGUAAUCUUUACUGUUGAAUUUACUGCAAGGCUGCUGUCCCUCCAGAAAGCACUGCAGGAGUCUUGGCUGGAGUGUUUAUCCCUGAGCAGCCUUGCUCAGCUCCCUGCUGCAUUGGCACUUUUCUCCUUCCUUUCUACCAGCUUUGGUGUUUCCAAGACUUAAAAACUGCAAUAGGGAAUUGUCUUUUCUCUUUGUUCAUGCAGCUUGUGCCUACCCAAGUCUUCCAGGCUCUGCAGCACCCUCCUCUCAUCCAGUCACUGGCUGCAAAGGCCAUAGACCACAGGAUGGCCCUUCCUCAAAAUCUGGUCCUGGGCAAGAAUUGGGGGAAUUUGAUGCAUCUGGAAAAACAAAGACUAUACAGUGGGCACCAGAUAAUGAUGGAAGGAUCAUUUGCUGCAUCUCUUCCAAUGUGGAAUCUGCUGGGGAGAAAGCUCUGAGUGUUUCUGAGCCACCGGUGCAGCUUCCUGCUUGGAAGUUAUCUCCUUUCCUGACAGACUGUUGAGAAGAUUCAUUGUGUUGCCUCUCCAACUUCCCAGCUUAAAGGCCUGUCCUGUAAACAUUUAACCCCCCCCUUUGUAUAAUAAGGAGAGGAAAAACUGGAGGGAAGGAGGGGAGGGCAGCUGGAGCACUGAAAUGCUGCCUGUGUUGCACCAUGGUGUUGCACCCGAGGCUUGACUCCUACAUGCUGCAUCUCCAGCAGGAGUUUGUGCUGCUGUCAGGGGAUCCCUGGCAACCACGUCUGCCUCAGCUCAUCCUGCAGAGCUGCCCCCUCCAAGCAGCUUGGUGCAGCUCUCCCUGGGGCUGGGGGGAACCCCACCAGCUGCUCCUCCUGGGAGGAGGUGGGAUGGGCACGGCAGGCAGGCUGUGGUGAUUUGCUGCUGUGGUGGUUUGCCAGAGCUGUGUCUAAAUCCAGGGGAAAUAAAUGAAACACAACA